AUUUUAUGAAGCCAGAGUUUUUGUUAAAACAAAAAACAAACAAACAUUCUGAUACACAUUUAAGAAGAUCUGAGGUCACCAUAAUUGUUAGGGUUCUACCCUUUGGUCUCACCUGCUCGUCCAUCAAUAGGACUUCUCUCUUCUGGCCUCUUUCCAAGUCUUGGUUUUCCUUAUUUCAAUGUGUCUUUGUUCUGUCCCCACAGGCUGCAUCAUUUUCUCCAAUCCAAGGAGGCUGUUGGCUUAGAACUUGGACCUUUGGAUGCCCUGACCUGAUCAAUCUGCCUCUCCCACUGGCACGCCCUGCAGCUCCGGCGAUGAACAAGCUGCGCCAAAGUCUUCGGCGAAAGAAGCCGACCUAUGUCCCUGAAGCCAGCCGGCCUCACCAGUGGGGGGCAGAUGAGGAGUCGGUCAGGAGGGGAAAAUGUAGCUUCCCUGUAAGGUACCUGGGACAUGUUGAAGUGGACGAGUCACGCGGCAUGCACGUAUGCGAGGAAGCUGUGAAAAAGUUAAAGACGCUCGGGAAAAAAUCGGUGAAAGCUAUUCUGUGGGUAUCCGCUGACGGGCUGCGUGUGGUGGAUGAGAAAACAAAGGAUCUCAUUGUGGAUCAAACAAUCGAAAAAGUUUCCUUUUGUGCUCCAGACCGCAACUUCGAUAAAGCGUUCUCUUACAUCUGCAGAGAUGGCACGACCCGUCGCUGGAUUUGCCACUGCUUCAUGGCUCUGAAAGAUUCAGGAGAGCGAUUGAGCCAUGCUGUGGGCUGCGCUUUUGCCGCCUGUCUGGAAAGAAAGCAGAAGCGGGAGAAGGAGUGCGGAGUCACAGCUUCGUUUGACGCCAGCCGCACAAGCUUCGCUCGUGAGGGGUCUUUCCGUGUCACUUCAGCAUCGCAGCAGGCCGAACGUGAGGAAGUCAUGAGGCAACUUCAAGACAAGAAAAAAACUGAAGCCGCUUCGGCACAGUCUGCAACUGCAGCAAUAGCAGUGACCGCAGCACCCAGCCCUGUGCUACCUACCCAAGAAGAGAGCCAAUCCCCUACCAUGUGUGCCUCAGUUCCCUCAGAAAAAGGGGAAGCUGGAGGUCAGCACGCCAUCCCGCGAAGACACGCCCCUCUGGAGCAGCUGGUGAGACAAGGAUCCUUCCGGGGAUUUCCGGCGUUGAGCCAAAAAAAUUCCCCAUUUAAGCGUCAGCUCUCAUUGCGACUAAAUGAGCUUCCGUCAACCCUUCAGAGAAAAACAAAUUACCAGGACAUAAACCAAGUUUCCGACUUAGAUCCUUCUGCGCUUCCAGACUCGGAUGGAAUUAAUGAUCUCUGCAACCAGAUAAACAGCUCAUUUGCCAACAAGCCUCCUGAAGACCGUUUCACCAACAGCAAUGGCACAAGGACCCCCACUGCAGUCCCUGCCAUCCCCCCUCCUCCACAAACAGUGCAUGGGGCACCAGGAUGGGCAGAACCAGCAUUGACCAUACCACCUCCCUCUGGUUUUCAAAUGGGACAUCGUCGUACCCCUUCAGAGGCUGAACGUUGGUUGGAAGAAGUGGCUAAGGCUGCAAAGGCUCAACAACAGCAGCAGCAGCAACAACCACAACCACACAUGGUGGCAGUGCCCAUGUCUGUGCCCACUGCAAUGCAGGCAUAUCCAGUUUCAUACGAUGCCAGCCCUGCACCUGUUGGCAUAUUUAUUGCACCACACAUGCAACCUGCUUACGUACCUGUAGCUAGUUAUACUCCAGCCUUGGGUAGCAGCCUACCAUAUACUUCUUCAAGUGUUCCAGUGGUGGGAAUCACCCCGUCCCAGAUGGUUGCCAACGUCUUCUGUUCUGCUACACAGGCACCAUCUUCCAAUCUGGCCAAUAAAUCUAACCCAUUCCCUCAUCAGAGUCUACUCCAUUCCACCAAUGUUCAGAACCCUACCUCAUCACAGUCUAGCCAACUGGGGCCAAAGCAGAAUGGCACUGCCAAUGGUACCACAUGGCCCCCAGAUCCCAGCCAGCUACGGUUGGCUUCUACUGCACAGGAAGUGGACCAGUUUGAAGCUCAGUGGGCAGCUCUGGAGUCCAAAUCACAACAGCGAAUUGCCAACCCCUUCUCUAAUGAACUACACAAGACAUUUCAAAUAGAGCUGUAGCUAUCAUCAAGCCAACCAUCUAAGAACUAAAACCAGGAUCAACUGCCAGAACAUUCUUGAUCAGCCAAAGUCAGCCAGUGGAACUUUUCAUGCAAAAUCAUUCAACAGGUCUACAUUAAAAAAGCAAGGGUGCAGGAUCACUUAUUUGAUAGUCCUGGGGCUUGAGUGGUAGUUCAAACCCAACCGAAGACAUGACAAUAUCACCUGCUGAUGGCAGCAUAUUAUGGGACUGUAUUAUUAUUACUUUACUGGGUAACCUAGGUGUAACAGGCUUAAAUAGGACCACUACUAAAAAAAAAAUUAACGCAGAGGGGAAAAAGAUAUUGGCCUGUAUAGGGAAGGGAAAAUUAUGUUUAUUCAGAAAAGCAAUAUAAGUUUGGAUGAACAAUUUUUUUUUUUGCUGUGAAAUAACUGGAUCCAGGAUAUAAAGAUUGAUAUAUAUGCAAUAUUAAGAAAAGCGAUAGGAAUGUAAGGAGGGGGUAAGUGGUAUGUGACAUGGUUGGAUGGCGAUGAGAAAAUCUUACACAUAAGGAAUUGGGGAGGUCUUCUUCAGAGGUGGCAGGAAGUAUGUUUUCUUGAUGUAUCUACAGGAGGAUAAAUAUGAAUUAAUUUCCCAUUUUGUUUGUAAUUUGUGCCAAAAAGAAAAAAAAAAUCUGUUGUGACGUCUCAGAUAUCUUAUGGGUACUUUUUGUUUUACCCCCAAAUGAACUAUAAAUUAAUGCAGGUGCCAUUUUUUUUUUAGUCUUUUUUUUCUCCCAAGGCCCUUAGUAAUGACCCUCACAGACUACUUUUUUUUAUCAUUUUUAUUAUUUUAACUUAAAUGCCAAAUGUAUUCUAUAUUUAAUAUAUUUUUCUUAGUUCAGUUGUAUCUAUUGAUAUUAUAAUUUGUGUUUAUAUAAAUAAUGACCAAAUAACAAGGAAACCUAGAAUUUAAAUAUUAAUUAAAUUAUAUUUGAGGUAACGUUUAAGUACAAAAAAUAAUUUGAGCAGGGUAAUUAGUUAAGAGAUCAUGAAAAAAAAAUAAUAUAAAAAAUGUAUGUUCCAAAAGUCUGUUUCAAAAUAUAAAAUCAUUACAAAAUUUAGUACCACGGUCACUAUUCUUUAUAGUACUGGAGAACUGGUCCAACUAAAAAAAACAUUUGCCUAUUAAAUCUACUACACCUUGUCAGGUACCGCGAGGUCCCUCAAAGACUUUUAAAAAGUGUAUGUUUUUUAGAGUUGUUUAUCUCUCUUUGAUGAGGUCUGGAUGUGAAGGAAAAAACACCUACAUUGUAAACAGAUUUGGCAAGAUCUCUCUCCAUGCUGGCGAGUGUUUGAUCAUCAAGCCCUAAGAGUGGAAUGUCUUGACUGUUUGCUCUGAUUCCCGCCCCCCCCCCCCCCCCCCACAGGUUUAAGUUUUUGUCCAUGCUCAGAAUUUCCUGGUUUAAUCAAAAGUUCCUCAUUAGCCACAUCCUACUGUAAACAUCCAAUCAGGUUGCUUGUCCUGGGACUGGCAAGGGAGUGUGCAUCUGGCAUGUGCAGGCACAGUCAUGUUAUUUCCCUCCUCAGCUUAAAGGUAUAGUUUAGCCAAAAUUAAACUUUAAUGACAGAGCAUGCAAUUUUAAGCAACUUUCUAAUUUACUCCUAUUAUCAAUUUUUCUUUGUUCUAUUGGUAUAUUUAUUUGAAUGUAAGCUUAGGAGCCAGCCCAUUUUUGGUUCAGCACCUGGUUAUCACUUGUUGAUUGGUAGCUACAUGUAUACACCAAUCAGAAAGUGCUACGCAGGUUCUGAACCAAAAAUGGGCCGGCUCCUAUGCUUAAAUUCUUGCUUUUUCGAAUAAUUUUAAUUGGCAUGCUCUAUCUGAAUCAUGAAAGUUUAAUUUUGACUAGACUAUCCCUUUAAAGGGAUGUUAAACAGUCUAUUAUACUGUAAUAAAAAAGUGCUAAGCAGUGGCUUAUACCUAAUUGAAAUCAUUGCAAUAUGUAUUAUUUAUCAUUUUAAUUAUUUAUUUUUUUACACUACAUUUGUGCAAUGUCCAUUACUUCCUUUCACAGCCCUACAAGGAGGCUGUGGCCUCUGCAGGAAGGUUUAUCUUAGCAUGAUAUCAUACAUCUUCUAGAAUAACAUGAGAUGGUUUACUAUAAAGUGAAUAGACUAGACACAAAGUCAGAAUUGCUCAUGCUCAGAUCAGUUAGAAUGUAACCUAAGUUGCCAAGAUAUCAGCUCUCUUAUUACACUAAGUGCAGUGACUACACUGAGAAUUUCUAAGUGUUCAUUUUGCAAGAAAACAAGUUAGUUGUUUGCUGUUUUAUUUACACAAUCUGUCUCUUUAUAUGUUUACUAUGAUUUAACAUAUUUGUUUUUACCAAAGGAGCACUGUUUAAUAUCCCUUUAAGGAAGUUUACAAUGAAAUCUUGCGAGAUUUCUGUGAAAUCCCAUGAGUUCAUAGCAAAGCAAAGUGUGAACUCAGCACUGAUGAUGCUAAUUUGGUUGUUUUAUGUUUUUUCCACCAUGCAGAUGACAGUAGCUGAUAAAUAAUUUACUCUGACAUUUUGAGGUAAAAUAAAUUCAUUUUUUAGAUUAGAAAUGUUCAUGUGAUAUUUUCUAGUCAGCUUUUCAGUUAUGCUGCUGAUUUAGCAUAUGAGCAUCAUAUCCCUUUAAAUACAGACAUCACACUGUUCAUUUAUGAUUGUAAUAAAGUGUUUGGAUAUUUAAAAAAAAUACUGAAAAUUAUAUGACAUUGUUAAUUAUACUCAUUAUGUAUUAAUAUUAUUAGUUAAAGGGACACUAAACCCACAUUUUUUCUUUAAUGAUUCAGAUAGAGCAGGCAAUUGUAAGCAACUUUCUAAUUUACAACUAUUAUACAUUUUUGUUCGUUCCUUUGCUAUCUUUAUUUCAAAGACAGGAAUGUAAAGCUUAAGAGCCGGCCUAUUUUUGGUUGAGAACCUGGGUUAUGCAUGUUUAUUGGUUUGCUAACUGUAUCCACCAAUAAGCAAGCGCUAUCCAUGGUGCUGAACCUAAAAUGGUAUGGCUCCUAAGCUUUAAAUUCCUACUUUUUAAAUAAAGAUAGCAAGAGAACGAUUCAAAAUUGAUAGUAGAAGUAAAUUAGAAAGUUGCUUAAAAUUGCAAUCUCUAUCUGAAUCAUUAAAUAAUAAAAUUGGGUUUAGUAUCCCUUUAAAGGCACAUGUAAACCAAAAUUGAACUUCUAUGAUUCAGAUACUGCGUGUAAUUUUAAACAACUUCCCACUUCUGCUACCAAAUUGUCUUCAUUCUCUUGGUAUCCUUUGUUGAAGUAGGUUCAGGAAUGUGCAUGUGUCCUUAGCACUAUAUAGCAAAAGCAUUUGUAACAUUGAUUUUAACAAAUCUAUAUUUGCAUAUACUCAGCAAUGCAUGGCAGUGGUUUGUGAUCAGUGUUUAUAAACCGCGGUCCUCAAAUACCCCCAACAGGCAAGGUUUUCGUUAUAGCUGAAUUAGAGCACAGGUGAAAUAAUCAGCUAAUCAGUAACUAUGGUUACUAACCUGCUCUCACCCAUUGAGGCCUAUUUACUAAAGGUCUUGCGGAUCUGUUCCGACAGUGCGGUUCAGGUCCGCAAGACCUCGCUGAAUGCGGAGAGCAAUACGCUCUCCAUAUUCAGCACUGCGCCAGCAGCUCACAAGAGCUGCUGGUGCAACGCCCCCCCUUGUAGACUCGCAGCCAAUGGGCCGCCAGCAGGGGGUGUCAAUCAACCCGAUCGUACUCAAUCGGGUUGAAUUCCAGCGAUUCCUGUCCGUCUACUCAGAGCAGACGGACAGGGUUAUGGAGCAGCGGUCUUUGUGACCGCUGCUUAAUAACUGCUGUUUCUGGCGAGUCUGAAGACUUGAUAAAUGGGCCCCAUUAACUGUGAUCUAGUUCAGCUAGAAACCUGUCCUCAGGCCUAACUAACAGGCUAGAUUUUCAGGAUUACCUUUGUUGAGCGCAGGUUAGUAACCAUGGUUACUUAUCAGCUGAUUAUUUCACCUGUGUUCCAGUUCCGAUAUCCUGAAAAUCUGGCCUGUUAGGGACGUCUGCAGACAGGUUUAAAAGAACCCUGGCCUAGAUUGAAAGAUGCUCGGAGGUGUCUCACUGUAAAGGCGAGAUCGUGUUCUAAAUGUAUUUAGAAUCACUUCACCUAUAACACCAGUGUUUUGUUAGUGGUGGUUCCUGUCUGUAACAUCUAUAGAUGCGUGAGUAGCGCAAUGCAGAAGAAAUCAGAGCCGCUAGAACAAAGGAAAAAGAUCAAUUUCAGACGCAGCAUUUAGGAAAUACUCUUGCAAAACAGUUUAUGUGAAUGUUUGUAAAAUAUUUACGUCUGUUCUAUUAUUGUGAAGUAGUGUCGCUGGAAAGAACUGUCACAACAGGCUGGCUAUGUGCGUUCUGCGGCGUUCUAGGGACAUGGCUGAGAUUUUGUACCUACACCCUGACUCAGAAUACGUAAUUCAUAAAGAGUCUGUUGCCCCUGCGAAGUAUCUUAGCAUGUAGUCAUGCCUUGUUAUUUCAAAGCUGACACGGUUGUCUCGUUUUUAUUUUUAAUUAAAUCGAAAGUAAAGUCAAAAUUAAACAUUCAUAAUUUAGAUAGAGAACACCAAUUUAAACAACUUUCCAAUUUACUUUUUUUUUUUAUCAAAUUUGCUUUGUUCUCUUGGUAUCCUUGGUUACAGAAGCUUGCAGACUUUCAGCUACUUUGCAAAUUUCAAUUUUGACCUAUUGAUGAAAAUCGGUAUAGUUGCAUUUAAAUUUUAAAUAGAAGAUUUACUUUUAAAGAAAGGAUACAAAAAGAACAAGGCUAGUUUGAUAAUAGAAGUAAAUUGGAAAGUUAUUUAAAAUUGCACACUUUGAGGUAGAUUUAUCAUACCCUAGGCGGGCAUAAUUUGCAUACUGUCGGCAUUUAACAUUGCACAAGCAUUUCUUGUGAAAUGAUUGUGCAAUGCCGCCCCUGCACAAUCGGCCACUAGCAGGGGGGUGUCAAUCAUCUGAUUGUAUCUGAUUGGAUGAUUUGCAGUCUUAAGACCGCUGCUUCUUAAAUCCCGUUUCCGGUGAACCGGAAAGGCUCUUGCGGAAAAAGCAGUAUCCGCUGCUUAAUAAAUAUACCCCUCUGUCUUAAUUAUGAACAUUUCAUUUUGACUUUACUUCCACUUGUAUCUCACAGCUGUGUGCUCAUUGUUGCAGUGAUUUUUUCCCCCUGCCAGAUAGUGGUCUCAUGAGCAGGUUUUAUUGAAUCCAGGCAAAUGUUUUUUCACAGAAAUGCUCAUGGAUUGGAUAAGCGUCAAAAUGGGCCCCAACUUUCUAAUUUACUCCUAUUAUUAAUUUUCCUUCAUUCACUUGCUAUGUUUAUUUGAAUUGCAAGAAUGUAAUUUUUUGGUUCACAACCUGGGUUGUCCUUGCUGAUUGGACAGCACCAAUAAACAAGUGCUGUCCAGGGUUUUCUGAACCAAAAAUGUGGCUUGCUCCUUAGCUUAGAUGCCUUGUUUUUCAAAUAAAGAUAGCAAGAGAACAAAGAAAAAUUAAUAGGAGUAAAUUAGAAAGUUGCUUAAAAUUGCAUGCUCUAUUUGAAUCACGAAAGAAAUUUUUUGGGUUUAGUGUCCCUAUAAUGCAAGAUCAAUAGGUUCUUUGUCCAAUCUAAAUUGUACUUUUUAAAAAAAAAAAAAAACAGGUGGUUGAAUUUGUAUAAAAUAUCAUUGUAUCAGGCUUUCCCCAUCCCUGAAUCUCUUACUUGUUUACAGUUCGGUAAAUUCAACGGUCAAUUUUUACUUAGGUUUCCAAAUUUUGUAUCUAGAAAUAAGAAAUAAAACCUCCUGUAUUUGUAUUAUAAUAUUGUGCAAAAAGUAAAUAAAAUAAUUAUAAAUAUAGCAAA